UAACCCUAAUUUGGUCUCUCACUCUAAGCCGAGACAGAAUGGCUCCUCCACACAAGCUCUUCCUUCUCGCUAUUGUUUUCGCCAUCAUUGUCACCGCUACCACCGUACACGGUCGUCAUAAUGCUGCAAAAGAUAUCGUUCAUUCCUCCUGCGAACACGCGAGCUACCCAUCACUAUGCGUUCGUACUCUUUCAUCUUACUCCGGUCCAACCAUCACCAAUCGCCGUGACCUAGCUCAAGCCGCCGUCAAAAUCAGCCUCGCCCACGCUCAAAGCGCCGCGAAGAAACUCACGGUGGUUCGAGACUCGGUGGGGAAGAAGAGGCAAGAGAAAGCGGCGCUUGUGGACUGUGUGGAGAUGAUUGGAGACUCGGUGGACGAGUUAAGCCGCACCCUCGGCGUUUUGAAGCACCUCCGUAUCUCUGGCGGUUCGUCUAAAGAGUUCCGGUGGCAGAUGAGCAAUGCACAGACGUGGGCUAGCGCGGCGCUUACCGAUGACGACACGUGUCUCGAUGGGUUUGAAGAGAUCGACGGAGAUAUCAAAACGGAGGUGAAACAGUGGAUGACGAAGGUGGCCAGGGUUACGAGCAACGCGCUUUACAUGAUCAACCAGCUAGAUGAGACACGUGGCAAACCCCACGACGUACAUCUUUGAUGUUAAUGCACUAGAUCGUUUAAUGGACGGUCGUGGUUGUGUGUUGGUUUUUUUAUUCGUGUGUUUUAAUUGUGAGAUUAUCUCUACUAAAAUAGAAAAUGAAUUUUGAA